CUUGACUUGAGAGUGGGAAUAUUAUUAUAGAGAUUUAGGAGGGUUUAUUAGUGAAAUUGAUAGUAUUAUUAUUAAUAUAUUAAUUAAUGUGUUUUCAACGCUCAAUUUCUCCAUCCACUCCACACCCACCUUUCCUGCGUUUUUUGUAUCACCUUCGAUUUUGAUUGAUUCCAUUAUUCUUCACUUCUCUCUCUCUCUCCUCUGUUUCAGGUCAAACCCAACAAAAAAAAUCUGAUUUUGAGAAGAAGAAGAAGGAGAAACAAACAUGUCAAUGGCAACAGAGCCUGUAAUAGCAAUAGAUGGUGAUGAUUUGGUUGCAAGACUCCUCUACUUUGAAAACAGAGUGGCAUUUGCAAGGCUGCUUCUUCCAGUUGAAGCCAAAGAAGCAAUGGAGAUUAUAGAUAUGGAAGAUUCUGAUUCAGGAUCUAAAGGGUCAAGUGGGGAUUUAAAGGGUGCUGAUUUGAAUGAAACACCUGUUGAAAGAACCCAAAGACUCCAAUCAAGGUUGCACCUCCUCAUUACAGCAGUGGAAAAGGGCCGACUACACUUCCCUCAUUGCUCAGAAGUUCUUAAUAACUUUUUAGACUACGAAAUAGAGAAGCAUGAACAUGAUGAUGCCUUUUUUCCUGAUAAGGGCACCCCAGAAGAGCAAGCAAAGAAGAAGAUGCUGUUCUUGGAUCUCAAACAGGAUCUUCACAAAGCAUUUUGUAAGGACAUUGCACAAAACAACCACCCUCCUCCUCCUCCUCCUGCUUCGUCAUCAUCUUUUUCAUCCUAAUUAUCCAAACAAGGUCUGGAAAAUAUUAAUGGUCUGCUUCAUUGUAAAUUUAGUUUUCUCUCUUAGACAAAGACAUUAUUAUAUAUAGUUUGAUCAUUUUUUUUUCUUCAAGAGAUUCCCUUAACACCUUAUGUUGUGUUUUGUUAUGUAUUCUUUAAAGGAAUAUUGUUAUUACGUAUUAAUUGUACUUAAUAGUACUACUACGAGAAUGAUUAACGAUAUUUUAUAAAAAUUAUCAUCCAGUAUUUUUUUUUUA